AUGAGGGGAAACUUUGGUCAUAAUAAGAAGCGUGAGAAUGGUUCUCCAAAUAGAUUUGGUUCUAGUAAUCGUUCCUCUAAUCAACAAAAUGGUUCAAACAUCUUUUUUGAAAGUGCCGAGACUACCAAUAGCUUCAAUGAUCGUCAGGAUUAUUUGUUGAUUAAUAGUAUUGGUUCCAAUGUUACUACUACUACCACUAACGGGAUUAAAUAUUCUGGUGUUUUGGUCUCUUGUAAUCCAGAAUCUAAAGAUGGUAUUGAUAUUGUUUUGAAAUUUCCAAAAGUUAUCUCCACUGAAUUUUCUGAUGACAUCGACGUUAUCUCGAACAAAUUGGGUAAAAGUUUAUUAAUCCGUGGUGAAGAUGUAGCCGAAUUAGAAUUAAAUGAUAUAGAUUUUAGUUUGGAUGAUAAAUUUGAAAAAAAUAAGAAAGCUGAAAUCGAUGCAUCUGCAAAGAAGGAAAUCCAAGAAGAAAUAAAACAAGGUUUCAGAACCGAUAUCGAUAUUUCUCGUGCUAGUAACAACGUAAGAGAGCGUGAAUUACAAAAAUGGACUCCAGAUGUAGAUGAUAUGGCACCAUUGGAACAACAGACCUUGGAAGAAUCUUCUUCAAAUUGGGAUCAAUUUGCAGUCAAUGAAAAAAAAUUUGGUGUUAAAUCUACCUUUGAUGAACAUUUAUACACUACCAAAAUCAAUAAAAAUGAUCCAAACUUUGAAAAAAGAUUGAAGGAAGCAGAAAGAAUUGCAAAAGAAAUUGAAUCUCAAGGUACUUCUGGCAAUAUUCAUAUUGCAGAAGAUAGAGGUAUUAUUGUCGACGACUCUGGUUUAGAUGAAGAAGAUAAAUAUUCAGGUGUUGAUAGAAGAGGCAAUGAGUUGUUAGCCGCAUUGAAGUCAAAAUCAAAACCAACAGAAGCUAAACCUGCAAAAUAUGUUCCUCCAACUUUGAGAAACCAGCCACAUCAUAAUGACCCUGCUAUUAUUUCAUCUACCACUACUAAUACUACUAGUAGCAAGAGUUCGAAUAUUAUAGGUACUAGCACUAACACAACAGUCGCAGAUUCAAAUGUCCCAUUAACCAAGUCAAAUCCAAAAGCAGAUGCUAAAACCGAGACUAAGACUGAGACUAAGGCUGAGACUAAGGCUGAGAUUAAAGUUGAAACUAAGGUCGAGGCUAAGGUCGAAACUGAGGUUGAGACUAAGGUUGAAACUAGUAUUGAAACCAAGACGGAACCUAAAGCAGAUUCAAAAACAAAGUCAAAGGGUGAUGAAAAGAGUUCUGGUGCCAAAUCAUCAAAAAUAUCAGGCAAAGAUGCCCAGAUCGAAGAUCUAAAGAAAUUUUCCCAGAAGUUUAGAGUUCCAUACGAAGUUCCUGAAGAUAUGAAAGAUUUCGUUAAAAAAUCAACUUCUAAAGGUGAAUCUAACGAGAAACAUACAAAAUCGUCUUCAUCGACUGCACCAACUUCUAAAUCCGAAAGUAGGACUCGUGAUGGCAAGUCUCAACAAUCAGGUUCAGGUAGAUCUUCAACUGGUUCCAAGAGACAUUCUCAAGCAUCAUUCUUUGGUUCAAAGGUUCCACAAGCUAAUAAUAACAAGAAAGCGUUAUUUACUCAAAACUUCAACAUGUUCAAGAAGGCAAAAGAAGCUUAUGAUUUGAAGUCAAACUCUGACAAAUCUGAGUCCAAGACUAUGGAACGAUUUAUGAUUGAAAAACCAUAUUUUACUGCCCCAACCUGGGAUAGUACUAUUGAACAAUCAUACAAAAAUCUGUUCCCUGAUGAAAGAGUUUCUGCUCAAAAGGCCCAAAUGAGAUUACAACAGCGUCAAAUGAAUUCGAUGAAUGCUGCUGCAUUAGCUAACUCGCAAAUGGGAAUGUCAAUGGGCAACAUGAUGAGAUACCCAAUGAAUACAGGAUCAGGUAACCCAAUGAUGAACGGUGCGAUGGGAAUGUACAUGCCAUUCCAACCUCAACCAGUAUUCUACCCAUCAAUGCCUCAGAUGAUGGGUGUCAUGGGAGGUACCGAUGAUGCUACAAGUCCUGUAUCUCCACAAGCCACCUCUCAGCAAUUUGGUCCAGCUUAUGGAAUCCCUGGUGCUCCAGUAGCUGCAUAUGGAUACCCUACCGGUAUUCCAUUCCAAGCUAUGAUGGGUAAUAAUGCAAAUUCAACUGGUGGCCACUAUAGGGGAAAUAAUCACAACAACAAUCAUUAUAAUCACCACCAUAAUCACGGAAAUAACCAUAACAAGAACAAUUAUGAAAAUCGUAGCUAA